AUGGCUGGCUCUAGAAACUAUGACUUUCUGAUAAAGCUCCUCUUGAUUGGCGACUCAGGCGUCGGCAAAUCGUGCUGUCUCUUGAGAUUCAGCGAGGACUCAUUCACCCCGAGUUUCAUCACCACCAUCGGUAUUGACUUUAAGAUCCGAACGAUCGAGCUAGAUGGAAAGAGAGUCAAGCUGCAAAUCUGGGAUACUGCUGGCCAGGAACGAUUCCGGACAAUCACUACGGCUUACUAUCGUGGGGCUAUGGGGAUCCUGCUAGUUUAUGACGUUACCGACGAGAGAUCUUUCGAUAACAUCCGAACUUGGUUUUCAAACGUCGAGCAGCACGCGACCGAAGGCGUCAACAAGAUCCUCAUUGGCAACAAAUGUGACUGGGAAGAGAAGCGUGUGGUUUCUACCGAGCGCGGCCAGCAAUUAGCCGACGAGCUCGGAAUACCAUUCAUGGAAGUGUCGGCAAAAAGCAACAUCAACGUCGAGAAGGCUUUCUUUGAGCUAGCUGCCGAUAUCAAAAAGCGCAUCAUGGACACUACACGCGCGGAAGAGAGGGCGGGUGGUGCGGGUAAUACCGUGGAUCCAGGGAGGGAGAACAACGGCGGAAUGGGCGGAAAGUGCUGUUAA